UGAUUUGCAGAAUCCUUCAGCAAUAACGGGAACAAAGUUGCGUAAAUAUGUAGCAACUGUAUGUCAACUAUUUGACAUGUCAGAAAAUCAAUAUGACUGGUUAGCUCGUCACUUAGGUCAUGACAUCAAAGUACAUCGUGAUUUUUACAGAAUGCACGAAAGUGCGAUUGAACUCACCAAAGUAAGUCGAUUGCUUAUAGCUGUUGAUAAAGGUGAAGUGAACAAGUUUGCUGGAAAAUCUAUUGACGAAAUAGAAAUUAAAGAUCUGCCUACUUUAGAAGAAGAUGAGGAAGAAGAACCAGAAGCUGAACCGGAAGGUGAAGCAGGAAUUGAUGAUGAUGAAAAUGUUCAGACCAUUCACAAAACAAAAUGUAAGUGAUUAUUUGAACAAUCUUAAGUCAAAACUAAAAAAAAACAGUCAACAAUAUAUGUAAUAUUUCAGUUGUAAUCUGAGGUAACUGGGGCGUUGUAAAAACAUGCCAAAUUAAAAUGAGAAUACUAUUUUUUGCUAGCAAUAUAAUUUAUUAAUUUAUUGUUUAUUGAUUUUUUUAGUAACCAAAGCAAAAAAGUCCAAAAAGAUUUCCAGAGGUCCAGUUCCAUGGACGAAUCAAGAAAAGGAAGCCGUCUGCAAUUAUUUUAAACUUAAUAUUAAGAAGGGAAUUGUACCAAACAAAAAAGAAUGUGAGAAAUGCAUUGAGCUACAUCCCAUAUUAGUUGAAAGAUGUUGGUCAAAGAUUAAAUUUUGUGUUAAAAAUGAAAUUACUAAACUUAUGCGCAUUAAAAAUAGCAAAAAGUAACUAAUAAUGCUGGAUUUUUAGAUGUCCUAGCAGUUUUAUUUCAAGGUUUUACAUUAAUUUCUUGGUCCUAAUAAGACUAGAUUUAUUUGAAUUAUUCACCAAGCAUUUUUUAUGUUUCAAGUGUUAUUGAAUGCAUAAUCGUUAUUUUAAUUUACAUUUAAUUUUACAAUUUUUUAAUUUAGAUAUUUCAGUUUAUUUAAAGUAUUGUUCAGAAUUAACAACAAUAAUAUUUUAAUCCUAGUUUUGUAACUCAUCAAAUAAACAAAAAAAUUAAUGUAGAUCCUACCUAACUGUGACACUUUGUAAAACACUUAAUUCCUAGAAUAACUGUAUCUUACUCAUUUCUAGUAUAAACUACAUUGAUACCGAUACGUGCUUAAUAUAAAAUUUUUCUAAAUAUAUCUAGAUUUUUUCUUAAACAUGGCAACACUGCUUUCCAAACACAUUUAAUUUUUUAAUACUUAUGGCAACCUAUGUUACACACGAUCACAUAUCUAGAUACUUCUGGCAACUUUUUUACACACUAUCGGUUGAAGCAUAUUUGUGGUUCCGUUGCCACAAGUGAUAUAUAUGCAUAGCUUCGACAAAACGGAGUGUAAAUCAAUGGUUUCUAUACACAAAGAUUUCUCUUCGUCACGGUACUAUGUUUCUGACAUCUUCUCAAUUUAACCACAAUUGGGGCUUAUGCACACGUUGCCAUAAAUAUUGCACGGCGUGUGUGUGUGUGUGUGUGUGUGUGUGUGUGUGUGUGUGUGUGUGUGUGUGUGUGUGUGUGUGUGUGUGUGUGUGUGUGUGUGUGUGUGUGU